AUGCCAAAACACCCACGACCACUGAACCGGUUUUCCGGAAGAAAAAAGCUAACUUUAACACCGGAACUUAAACAAUUAUCAUCAAGUUUUGUGAACACACGGUGUCCAUUCAGUGAUUCAAGAUUUAUUUGUUUAAAUGACUUCAAAUAUUUGAAAAAUAAAGAGAUUUCAUUAGAAGAAAACAUGGAACUCAUUAGUGAGAACAUAUUAGUAGAAAGAAAAUAUUUCCAAGAUGUUGUUGACAGUUUAUUAAGUCAAGUGGUACAGCUGGAAGAAAAUAUUGACUUGAAAACAAUCAAGAUUGAAAACUUGCAACUGUACAACUCGGAAAAAUUGAAAAUUAUUAACUCGCUUACAGUGGCGCUUAAUGAAACCAAAUGGAAGCGUGAUACUAUGCAACAGUUUUGUGAAGAACAUGCACCAAAUGUUCUUUAUAAAAGUAUGUUGUUAGUUAGUUGUGUUUUGGAUAAAAUAUCGGUUUUUAAAUCUAAUCAAGAUAAGCUAAAUUCGUGUUUAACAAAUUUGAAAGAAAAUUGUCCGUUAGUUGAAGCAGUCAAACAGCUAAAAUCUGGCUGUGACAAAUGUAUUAGUGUCAUUGAGAAAGCUACUAUCAGAGAGCUGUCUUACGCACUAAUGAAUGAGAAAAACUUCAAUGACACAAUAAAACACACCAUUUACWAUCUACAAAAUUUCCAAUUCAAUGUACCACUUGACUAUAAUUCUGUUGUUGAAAAGAUCGGUUUAUUGAAAAUCACUCAGGAAGGUGAACAUAAUUUAGAAAAUAUGAUUGGUCURUUGGAGUUGGUGAAGAAUUUGUUCCAGAAACAUCAAUAUCUAACAAAUAAAAUAAUUUCACUCAACAUGCAAAAAAUUGGUCUGAAGUUACAACUUGAUGAAAUGGAAAAUAAUAGGAAGGAGCUUGAACUAAAGGCUAUGACAGAAAUCGAAGUUGUGGAGAAAAAAGAAGAAUUAUUAAAUCAAAAUGAAUCGAUGAUUCAACAACAUUGGGAUGUAAUGGACACUAGUCAAGAAAUAGUAAUGCAAACUCAAAGGGCUCAAGAUAUUGAUCAAGAAUUAGAAGAUCUUCAAAUAGAAUACCACAGAUCUACUGUUCGAACUCCAGUUUUUAGUAAAACUCAAUCAAAGUCUGAGAAAACAACACGGUCAUAUGGAGUUAUUGAUACAUACAAACGUCCAAACAAAAGCUUGUUUCGGGAAGGUGUUGUMCGUAAUUUACGUUACUAAUGAUCA